AAUGUAUCUUAUAAUAUAUUUUAUUCUUUUGUAAAAGGGGAAAUCAGACCUCCGUACUAUUUUAUUUUAUUUCUUUUUGUUGAAUCAUCGAGACAAGCAAACUUCAAGCACAAGCUAGCGAUACGACAUGGCGAAGUUUUUAAAUUUGUAGGACCUAUAUUAAAGAACAAAUUCAAGAAUUGGAUCGAUUUCUCUUUACUUAUACUCUAUCACGCAUGUGUUUUCUCAUUGUUGAGAUAUAAGAGUGAAGAAAAUUGCCGAGGUCUGCAUACAAAUCUUGGAGGAAGGCCCAUAUACACAAGUGAAACUUUACUCCAAACGGCUGCGUCAUGGAUGUAAGCAGAUCAUCCUUUUCUCUGAAGCCGUCAAAUGGGAACGUUACGACACAUGAAAGAAUAGAAGCUCUCAAAAAGCAAAAACAAAUGCUGCAAGCAGAACUUGACAAGCAAAUUCUCCGUAAAAAUAAUUCUUUUUCCUUGCAUCAGACAGACCAUAUAUCUUCAAAUAUAUCACAAAGUUUUGCUAGGCCAAAAAACGUUUCAGUACCCAAAGAUAAUUCAUCAGGUGAAUUACCUUCAAAUAUCCGUUACAAAAAGUGUAAAAAUCCAGUAACCCCAACCUCAACCGCCACAACUUUAAAAACCUUUAUGGUUCCAAUAACCAGCACAACCGCCGCCACCGCCGCCCCACUUACCACUUCAAUAUCAAUCGCAGUUCCAAUAACCACGGAAACUUCUGCGAUCACCAGUCCUGUAAGCGUUUGUACAAUGAGCACAAAUGCCUGUUCGUUAUCACAACGUGCGAAAAGAGUUUUUUCGAGUGAAAAUACUGUCUUGCAGCGAAAAUACGAUCCUCCCACUACGAUGCCUGUGUCGAACUACGCAGUAUCGAAAUUUCCACCCUUUUCUUAUAAUCGCCUAAGCGGUACAAACUUCGCUAAAAUUCAUACGAUAGAGGACGAAAACAAAACGGCAGUUUGCAUAGCUGAAGUAGCGACGUGUGUUGCGUCUACGACAACUCGCAAAGUUGAAGUAGCGACGUGUAUUGCAUCUACGACAACUCGCAAACCUGAAGUAGUGACGUGUGCUACAUCGACAACUCGCGAAGCUGUAUUUUCGAUGUGUGCUGCAUCUACGACAGCUCGUAAUGCUGGAUUAGCGACGUGUGUUGUAACUACGAAAGCUCGUAAUGCAGGGUUAGCGACGUGUGUUGCAUCUACGCUACCCCGCCAACCAAACAUUUCGUCGAAAACGAUUGAUUUGACUUCUAUGGAGUUUAGUUCGUCAAAUGUAUCUAAGAUAGAGGGUACUAGUUUUCAAACUGUAUUUCGUAAGGCAGAAAAUGUCUCAAACCCUCCCCACGUAAGGCGUGAGGCGGGUCCAAGUAAUGUCAAAGCAGUCAAUUCUGUUCAGCUUAACCAUAAAACACCAACGGUCGUAACACAGCCCUUUAUAAAAACCGCUCUUUCUUCCCAACAUAGUGUUUUGAACCAAAAUUUACCAAUUCCAUCACGCAAAUCUCAAAAGCCAGCUAUACAAGACCAACGAGUUGGAAGCCAGAUUAUGAGUGCAAAUGACAUACCUCAGUCUCAAAAGACAGUGCCAAAUAAACUACCCUUACUGCUGAUACAAACGCCAGCUGCAUCCCAAGGUAAAAACCAACCCGUUACCAUACCAGUUAAGAGUACACAAGUUCAAGAAGUCAAAAAUGCUUUUUUGCCAGGCAAGCAAGUUGUUAAACUUAUCCCUGUCUCGCUAGCUGCAAAUCAAAUUACAUCAUUUAAACAGUCAUCUCCCAGCUUGUCGAAUGUUUCACAGCAAGACUUACAGAAAUUGUUAUUAAACGUAUUUAACGCGAAUAAAAGCGCUAACUUAUCUUCGCCGAACGUGAAGGGAAACAACGGUCCAUUAAUCGUCCGUCUUGAAACAAACAUAUCUCCAGCCAGCAAUAUUAAUACAGCAAAGCAGAAUUUUUCUUUAGUGCCUGUGAGAUCUACGACACCAUCUCUAUCGCCUUUGUGUAUCCCGGUGAGUGAAGCCUCAAACACAUCGAAACAAUAUGUGCCGAAAAACUUGCAGAAAGUCGUUUUACCAAAGGACUUUCAUACUCAUAUUAAUAGUUCGACGCACGGCACUUACGUUAUCACCAACGGUACUCUCGUGAAGAAUAAACCUGAUGCACCCUCCUUACCUCCCACCGCAAUGUCUCUGAAAAUACAGGACUCAAAAGUCAUCCAAGCGAAAAUAAACCCGAUAAUUGACAAUGCAACUCCAGUUAAGAUUUCUUUAGCGGCAAAAUCUGUUUCAUCGCAAAUUAUAACGUCUUCUGGUUGCGAAGUAUCAAAUGCAACGAAAUUUCAGUGGCCAGAUUCUGUCAAAGGAGGAGAGAAUUCUCUACUAAAGAAAGACGAUAAAUUGCAACCUAUUCAAAACUCUGGUUCUGCAAGAACAAAUGGCAUCAAACCUUACUUACGCGAAGAUACCGUCAUUUUUGAAACUAACAGAAAAUUAAAAUCUACAGAAAACAACGGGCCCCAAUAUCCAACUAUUGCAAAUUAUAAAUCUCUUGCUGCAAACAGUUUUGUGGCAAAUACAAAUUCUGACUCGAUAAGUCUAACUGUCUGCAAGGAAAAUAUAGGGAAACCAACUUGGGCAGCUAAGUCAUGCAAACCUGUUGCAGGUAGCCUUGUGACGUCUGAUGCGAUGACGAAAAACUGGGGCAGCAGGAUUACCAGUACGCCAGUCAUUUCAAACGUUUUUUCCUACAAUAAUAUAAAAAAUAAUUUGCAAAAAAAUACAAAUAGUACAGUGAUUGAUUUAACCAUCGACUCGCCAAACAAAGAAAAUUGUCGAGAUAAGUCCAUACAAAAUACAAGUACAAAAAUACAAGAUACAGUGGGUGUGGUAAGAACUGAUAAGAGGGUUGGUGACGAAAUGGCCAAGAAAACGUUUAAAUCUCAGCUAAAAAACAAUGAUAGCUGUAUAAGUACUGGGAGCAAGGCUGUUAAAAAUUAUAAUAAAAGAAAAUCAAGCGAUAAGGAAGAGAUAAAUAAUAUAAAGAGAGUUAAAACAGUUUGUGAUUUUCCUCCAAGCGAGUACACUGAAGCACCGACUUCAUUUGAGAAAAUCUCUCGAACUUUCUUUGCCUUGGAUCGUAUGCGAAGAACUCAAAGUCAUUUGAAGCAAAUUGGCGCGCUCGAUCGGUGCAUGGAAGGUUUAUACACGUUGCGCAAUGCAUUAGUGGUAGAGAGAAAUAAGCAGAAACUGUUCAUGGACGAUAAUUUGCGUAAAUGGAAGCAGGCGGCUCUUGCUAAAAACAACAUCCCGCAAAAUGUUAAGGAAACCAAGUCACCUGCUCAAAGGUUGUUAGAGAAAUUUUCUUUGAAGUCUUUCACAUCCGUAAAAUCGCCACUUGCUGAGGAUAAAAAGUCUCGUCCAUUCGUACAAGAUCGAUUGUCUGACAAAAAGUCUUUUGAAAAACAAACAGGUAGAAACGUGUCACGUACAUUCACGCCAUCACUCGCUGCUACCGAGAAAUCUGUACGAGAUAGACCGAAAACAUUUGACGAGAUAUUAGCUGAGCAACGAAGAAAAAAACAGCUAAAAAAAUUUGAUAUGACCAUUCCGACUUCGAUUGCAACGACUGUUAAGGUAGAAAAAAAUGAAGAGAUAAGUCCUAACGUCGCAGGAGAAGUUAAAACUGACAUAUCAAAAAAAUCACCUUUGAUUAAAACUGAAACACCAGUCUCAAAAGUGCGCAGCAUUUCCGCGAUAUCGUCCCGAAACCGCCCUGUCUCCCGGCAGUUUGCGAAUCCAAAAGACCCGUAUAACUCCGCAGAGGAUCGCGCUUUGCAAAUGGCGUUAGCUCUGUCUUUAAAAACGGCUAACCAAGAGAAGAAAAGAAACACAGAUGUAAGAGACAGUGUUUAUGACAGUGCUAGUAUCAACGUGGAGAUGCAAGCCAAACAUAACCAAGACUCUGAAAAGAAAGAACAAAAGAAAAAGAAACGUCCCCGUGAAAUUGAUCAACUCGUGGAUACUCACUGGAACGAGUCAUGGUUAAAAGAUUCUCAGUCGCCAGUAGAUGGGCGUUCAGAUGUCAUCAGUCCGUCAAGUCGUGAGGAGAGAGCGCUUCAUUAUGCUCUGGCUCGGUUCGCUGAGAUGGAAUACGAAAAGGAACGUGUAAAAUCACCCACGUCGGAGUGCAACCAAAAGUUGAAGGUAAAUGUUCAGCCAGGAAAAACAAGAACGAAAGUGAAAGUCAGAGAGUCUGGUAACGAGGUCGUAGCAAGAAAAAGAACGAAAAAAGAAGCAGAUUCAGAAGAAACUGCUACUAAGAAAGGAAGCUCAACAAAAAUAACUAAUUCGAAGAAAAAGGAGCAAGAACUGUUACGCAAAGCUAGAAAACAUCUGUCUAACAAAGCUCAAAAAAACAAAGAAAAUGCGGUUGUUAUAGCCGGUUUUUCACAUCAAUCAAAUGUGAGACCAAGCAGUAAACAUCUAUCAGCGAAAACACCAACAGAUAAGACGCCAAUAGCGAAAACGCCGACAAAUAAACCGUCAACAUCCAAAACGCCGACGGUUAAGCCGUCAUCAUCUAAAACUCCGACAGCGCCCGUUCAAAAGAAGGAAUACUUGCUAGUACCAAAAUAUCAUGGUUUUAAGGAUUUUACACCGAUUGUUUUUGAUUCAAGGACUCGAAGACACGCGUCGUCAGAAGAUCGGGAUAAAAUAAAGAAACGCGAUUUUCCUCUGAUGGUAGUCGCAAAAGUUGGCAACGAAACGAAAAAGGUAAUUGUACAAGAAGGCGAAAACAAAGAGGAAAAGUUAGCAGAAGCAUCAAACACGGUGCAGAAAGAAUUCGAGUCGUUAUCAAAACACAAGCGUUAUUUGAACGUUAACCGCAACACUGGAGAGACCGUGCUACACAAGGCUGCACGACUGGGCUACCAUGAUCUCGCUGAAUUACAAAUUCAAAAAGGUGCUGACGUGCACGCUAAAGAUAACGCCGGCUGGUCAGCGUUACACGAAGCGUGCGCCUAUGGGAAAGCUGAAGUCGUUAAAGUGUUGUUAAAGUUCGGAGCAGAUCCAAACUGUUCCUCAAAUUCGGGUGUUCGGCCACUGCACGACGCUGUUGAAAGGAGAGACAUUCGCGUGCUGCGAUUACUUCUGGCGUACGGCGCCGACCCAAGUAUUAGGUCAUAUACUGGUGCGUUGCCGAUCGACAUUGCUAAAACACCUCAGAUUCGAAAUUUUCUUAACGCACAUAUGGAAGAGAAUACGGACGUAAAACAGAAACGAGACUUAACUAAAAGCGAGUAUGGUUGGCAGUUUCAAAGUUCAUGCGAUGCUCUAGAUAAGCACGAUUGCACUGGAAUAUUUGACGAUUUACCGGAAGACGAACAACUGUUACCUUUCGAAUUUCUGAUGGGAAACCGUCCCAUGCCACCGUCAUAUUAUUUGCCGUACACGAACGAAGACGACGUAGUUUUGGGAUACAAAAACUAUUUUAUCAUUUCUGAUAUCCUGCAACGACUGAAUAUCUCGCGUAAUACCCUUCUUAAACACCACAAAUUUGAAACACGUUUACUGACGUACGACAAAUUUGUACAAUACGUCCGACAAAAUACUUUGUCGCAUGUUCCUGAUGUACCAAGUGGUAGCUCUAAAGGAGAAGAAAUCGUCGAGUUGGUGUUUAUCGGACAAUACACUUUCAGAAAGUUAAUGGGCCUGAAAGUUCAGAAAGUGACGUAAUUUUGUUUGGUUGUGACGUAAGAAUACUGUGACGUCAUAAAAUUAUGUGUCAUGACGAAUUAUUUUGUCUGUCUUUCACCGUGUGACGUCAUCACAUGCGUAAGAUGUAAAUCUUUCUUGACAUUUUUAUACUAUUUAUUAUCUUUUUAAACAACGUAGAUCGCCGAAAUAAUAAAAUGGCUUCGCAUUUUGAAUUUUUUUUCUGGUGUCUGUGGUAAUAUAUAUUACUACCUCGUCCCCAGGUCUCUUUGUUUUUCUUUCUGACAAUCUCGGACGGCGAGAAGAAAUAGCCGUCCGAGAUUGUCAGAAAGAGAAAAAUAGCCCUGGAAACGAGGUUGAUAUGUAUUACUAAAUCUUGUGUUUUGUUGUUAUUAUAUAUUAUUUGUAGUGUCAUAUUAUAUUAAUUUAUUCACUCAUUUUUUCUUUUUUAUUACUAUUAUUAUAAUGAUAGUUAUUGGAGA